AUGAACAGCUGGUCCUCCGCUGUGGAUAAAAACCGAAUCACCAUGGUCACCGCUGCGUCAUGAUCUCUCAUCCUCCGCGUGGCAUUCGUUUCGGAGAAGCAGACAGAGGAAAAUAACAGACAGGAAAGCAGAGAGAAGGUGUCUGGAGCGUGUUAUUUCAUUGGACCUGUUGAUCAUCAGUGUGACAGACGGACGCACAGACUCUACCUGCCGCUCCCUGCUCUGCACCGCUCUGCGCGCACCGAUCAUCAAUUAUGUUAUUGUCAAGUUUCCUUCUCUUCACCUUUUCUCACUUUUUGGCGCCUUACCUGCCGCAAGUCUCCGCACAGAAGCCUGGCUCACGGUGGCUGAUUGGAGACAGAGACAGUCACUGUGGGGUCAUCUGCUCACGGACGCAGGGGAAGCCAGUGUGCGGUUCAGACGGGCGGAGCUAUGAGACCGGCUGUGAGCUGCAGAGGGCGCGCUGCAAAGAUAAAACGCUGUCACUCGCACAUCGAGGCCGGUGUCGAGGUAAAAACCGGCCGAUAAUUGAUCUGUUUCCGGUGCCUCCAGCAACAACUUCAUCAUCCGAGGGGAGAGACCUGGAGCUCAAAGAUGGAGGUCAGUCCAAGUGUCGCGUUGAAAGAAGCCAGGCUUUGGAACAAGCCCGGAGACCUCACGAGUCCAUGUUUGUCCCAGAAUGCAACGAGGACGGAACGUUUGCCCAGGUCCAGUGCCAUACUCUGACGGGUUACUGCUGGUGUGCCACCAGUGAUGGAAAGCCAGUGAGUGGCUCCUCUGUGCACAACAGGACCCCGGUGUGUUCAGGAAACUUCCGUGAAUUUAUGGGAACUCAUGCUGGGACAAGUGGAUUGUCAGGGUCAGUAACCGAUAAACCACCUGGGCCACCGAACUCUGGUAGAAAAGUCUCUUUCCAUUUCUUUCUCACCCUCAACCCAGACGAUGGCUCCAAGCCCACACCCACCAUGGAGACCCAUGUUCCCCCUGAGGGUGAUGCAGAGAUAACUGCUCCAACACUGUGGAUCAAACAGCUGGUUUAUAAGGAGAAUAAGCAGAACAGCUCCAGUUCAAGAAAGCAAGAGAAAGUUCCCUCUUGUGACCAGGAGCGACAGAGCGCACUGGACGAGGCUCGGCAGAAUCCUCGUGAGGCCAUUUUCAUCCCCGACUGUGGGCCUGGAGGCCUUUACAAAGCGGUCCAGUGCCACCAGUCCACGGGCUACUGCUGGUGUGUUCUGGUGGACACGGGACGGCCCAUUCCUGGGACCUCCACCAGGUACCAGACGCCUGAGUGCGACGGUGCUGCACGAUCUCGAGUCUCAGACACAGAAGAUCCUUUCCAAGGCAGAGACCUCACAGGCUGCCCGGAGGGGAAGAAAGUGGAAUUCAUUACAAGCUUAUUAGAUGCCCUCACCACAGACAUGGUGCAAGCCAUAAACUCACCAGCCCCCUCUGCUGGUGGGAGGUUUGUGGAGCCUGACCCCAGCCACACUCUGGAGGAGCGGGUGGUGCACUGGUACUUCGCCCAGCUGGAUAACAACAACAGCCACGACAUCAACAAGAAGGAGCUCAAACCAUUUAAGAGGUACCUGAAGAAGAAGGCAAAACCCAAGAAAUGUGCCCGCAAGUUCACUGACUACUGUGACCUGAAUAAGGACAGGGCCAUCUCACUGCAGGAGCUGAAAGGCUGCCUGGGCGUCAGCAAAGAGGGUAGUUCAACGACAAGCAGCAACCAAGGGACAAGGCAAGGGACAAAGUUGUUCAUAGGUCGUCUGGUGUGAGAAGAGAAGGGUCCAGGAGCUGAGACGAGAGCAGAGGGCACAGAGGGAAGGCAUCUGUACGCUUGCUGACAGGAAAAAGAAAGAUGGAGCAGAAAAAUUAGGAAGUUCCUGAGUUUAAAAAAAAAAGACAGAAAAACAAGAAAACGAAGCGGCGCCAAAAUAUUUGCACUUUCUCCUCCCUAUGUUUGACAUUUUAUCUUGUUUGUGUUGAUUUGUCUCUUGAAGUGACUGAGAAGGUCUAGUUAAGAGUGAGAUAUAUUUGUAAAAAGAUGACAGACCACUGGAAGACCACUUUUCCCCUCGUGUUUAGUCUGUUGAUGUGAGUCUGCUUUCUCAGAUCGCAGAAACAGACACAUUUUGUGGCCAUUAAAUUGAAUUUACAUUUCCCCAUUACUUACAGCAGCACACAGACCAGUGGUAACCCACUACAGAGGAGCUAAAAGUGAGUCACAUUUAGCACAUGUUGCUUCAUAGAGAUAAAGAGGAGAGCAUUGGCAGCGACCAGUUUAAAGGAAUGUCUGAUGUUGUAUGUGAACAGCAUGUGUAAGAAUUAAACUGUGACCAUGAAGUCUAAUUCAUCAGCACAGAAUUAGCUGGAUGAAUCCCCUUGCACUGUACAGAACUUUCUAGAUUCAUUAACAUUGGACUGGUUUUUGGGAACAGUGUUUGACAUUUGUUUUGUCUGGUUGUUCAGUUAAAACAAGUAAGUGGAAGGUUAGCUGCAAGUGCUUUACUUGCUUACAACAAGGUUAUUUAAAGAUGCAUUUUAUGCAACCCAACAGAGCUCUGCAGUGUGGUUAUGGAAGUAAAAAUCCCAUUCAGUCUCUCCAUAGCAGAUCUGAUUACUUACCCCCAUGUUCUAUCUGUGCCAGGUAGACUAACCAUGAGCUAUCUGAGUGUAAAACUAUGGUAUAAGUCCAUGUAGGAGACAGAAGUUUUAUGAUAUCAAAGAAAAACUUUAUCUCAUAUCAUCCUGUGAACGUAGGCUGUUGAUGAUGGUAAUAGGUUCUUUGCAGAUGAUGUCAUGCAGCAGUUGAGAACUCUGGGGGCAAGUAGUGAUUUCUACGUAGAGAAACUCUACCAAAAAGGCCAUGUUUGGAGCUUUUUAUGACUAUGCCAAGUGUUCAAAAAUAACUCUUACUUCUUACACUUCUUUUGUGUCUCGCAAGUAGUGAAAUAUUCAAGCAAAAAUGAAAGGUUUUUAAAAAACUCGUAGAGAAACAGCAGCAGGCUUUAAGCGAUGUAUGUCCAGUCGCCUUUUUUAUGACUGAAAAUCCGUCUCUUUUAAGAGAUCCAGAUCAUUUGCCUCAGCUCAGUAGAGCUGGUUGUUUGGCUCCCAAAUGGCUCUUCAUUUGGUACCAGUUUGGCUUACAUGUGGGUUAAAAUAACCACAAAGGAUGGUAGAAAGAAAACUGGCACUCUAAUUGGAGCUAGCUACCAUGGCUAUCAUUAAAGAGCUGUUUUGUAGCACAGGUCGUUCGAGCAGCACAUCAUCACUUGGACACUCACUCUACAAGGUUUAUUUAGUUGAUAACACAUGAUCAUUUCAAUUAGAAGCAUGUUUAUUACAAAACGAGGAAUCUCUUCUAUGUUAAAAGGGCACAGUUAGCCUCUCAGUACAAGACUCCUCAAGACUCCCUUCAUCCAGCUAGAUGAUGCUAGGAGGACUGAGUAUAUUGUGAUAUUGUUUGCCUCCAUGCCAGGUAAAUCAGUUAAACUGUGGGAAAGAGUCCCUGUUGUGUAAAGUGAAGGGAUUAUUAUCAAUGUAUGUACACAUUGUCUGAUGGUAAUUGCAGUGUACAGGUCCAUAUAGAUCUUUAAAGUGCCAGCUCUCCUCUAACCCCAUUCAUUCCUUAUGGUUGUCCCACACAUCCUGACCCCCAAUGUGUCAUCAUAAUCACGUGACUGCAAAGAACCUUUACUGUAACAGUCUGACCAUUUACAGGGGUGUGAGUUGAGCUUGUAUGCAGAACAAUAUUGUAGUCAAAGAAAUGAGUCAGUAUCUUUUUAAGUUGAAUCUAUAAAGUUACCAAGAAGUCAAAAUGUCUCUUGAACUCAAGUAUGAAUAAUAAACACAGCAAAGCAGUAAAGAAAGCAGCAAACAAUAAAGCAGCACAAGCACUCUUUAAAGUAGGAAACAGUUUCUUCCCACAAUGCAGCAAUCCAGCCUGGUUUUUCACACUGAAGGAUUUGCAUGGGGGAAUUUACUUCCAUAAUCAGAGCUGCCAAAUAAGUAUGCUGUCACUGUUGAGCUCUAUACCAGUGUAGGAUAGUUAUGGCACUUUUAGUUUUAAGAUUUCUUAUCUGUUAGUAUGUUUUCUGCACAAAUUGCCAUAAGGUUUUCUGGUUUCCUACUAUUCUUUCUUCCUGCAAACAAACACAAAAGAAAACAUUACAGGCCAGGAAAGGAAAGAAAUAAAAAGAGGAAAUGUUAACUGAUUGCAGGAGAUGAAAAACUAUUAACCCAAUUUCAGACAAAUAAAAGGGCAGCAAAACGGAUACUAUUGGGUGCUUGGACUAUGUAGCCUAAAGACCUACAUGUCAUGCUGAAGUCUGACUACGCAAACUGUUUGGUCUGUUGUAACAGUCACUGUUUUAUAUUUGGCGAUUAUGGACCCCUAAAUUCAUACCCUGAGUUGACUGACAGACAUGGCAGAUUGCAUGUUGGUUGCUGACCAAUCAUCAAGACUGAUGUGAUUGGAAGGAAGAGGGGCGGGGCUAAACAACACCAGUAGAGAAGACUGUAGACAAACAAGCUGUGUUAGCUGUAUCAUCAUUUCUCUUUUUUUAAAAAAAUUGAUAAAUUAUAUGCUAGCUUGAUGCUUAUGCUAAUGGCAGUUAUAAACCAGGCUGCUGAAGUGCCUCUGCUAGUUCUUACCAACAUUUCUGGAGUCAGCCUCUCUACAUAGUUCCUUUCUCGUAGUACCAAAAUGCAACUUCAUCAUUCUUUCACUUCAGCCUCUGACUUGCAAGUGCAGAGUGCGCUCUGUUGCAUAAAAGGGCAACAAACAGUAAAAGUGGGAUAAAAGUGGCAAAAAGAAGUUGCAAAAAUUGGCAGAAAUUGAGUUGAAAGGGGGUUAAAAAAAAGUUGCACGAAUACGUAAUUCCAAUAUCAGAACCAAAUAAAAGGGCUGGCACACUUUUCAGGUUCAAAAUUAGGCAACGGUUAUCCAGGAUGCUAGCACCAAUGCUACAGUACUGAUGUCAUCAAUGAGUCACAGCUGGGGAGGGCCCAUUCCCUGCCCAUAGUUAGCGCCUCAUACUCCUAAAAUUACGCUAAUUGGUCUGGUAAUUCUCCAGCCAUAACCAAGCAGGUCAGCUUGAAGCUUUGCAAUACGGCUCCACCAGAUGACAGAUGUGGAAUCUGACCAAUCAUUGGCUUUGCUAUUUAUCCUUAAACUGAAGACUUGCAACCUGACCUGUGUAAUGAAGGAAAACCUUCAUUACACAGCGUUUGGGAAAGGGCAGAGGCUUUGAAAAAAGCUCAGAGUGUGAUUGGAUGAACGUUCUGUCUGUCACAUCUUUAUAGGCCAAUCAGAGCAACAAAACACGUGACG